AGCAAAAUGGAGGCAACCGUUGACAAAUUGGAGUUGAUGUUUCAGAAAGCUGAAUCCGACCUUGAUGGCAUUGGUAGAAAACUCGAUGUCGAGUUCUCGAAUGAUCUUGAUGAAGACCUAGACCAGAUGAAUCCAGCGCAGAUGUUGGAACGAUUACGAGACGUUAAGAAAGAGUAUAGUGAAGUGAUCAAAGAAGCAGAGGAGAUUAAAAAUCUACAAAAGAAUGCAGCUGAGUUUUUCCGCGAGCACUUGAUGCAGGCAUGUGAAGCCGUUGCCAACAUUCAGUUACAAACCGGAGAGAAUCCAGAAGAAUCAGAGGAGUAUGACCAAGUCGCUGAGCAGCUUGGUUUGCCCAAAUCUGAUCCUGUUGGCGCGGAAUGUGGGGAUGACGUCGCAGACACUGAGGGGGAUGGCACCGACUCCAGUCAUGGGGAUGACGCGGAAGCAAAAUUUGAAGGUGCUGAGGAUGACCGACCAAAAGAAAAGAAAGCAUCGACGAGUAGUGCGGAGUCUGCCCGUGAUAAAAGAAAGGAGGCGUGCGACUUCAUUGAUAUUACCGAGGAGGAGUUCAUGUCAGUCUCUGAUCACACCCGUGGCAGGGUCAAAUUAGAAGAUGUGAAUCGAACUUACAGGAUACUAUGGAUGCAUUUCAAAGACAAUGGAAAUAUAGAUGCUGUAGGACCAAGUGAAAUGUUCAAGAUGGGUCUUAAGGUCACAGGUACAACUGGAGAGGCAAAAUUAAAGGUGCUGAAGGCAUUGAAGUUACUACAAAUUUCCACGAAAGGAUAUGUCAAGUUGUCGUAGCCGGUGGCUGACCAGAAAACCUUUGGACUAUAUGUGUUGUCUUUUAGUAUCUGUGCAAUUUACUUAGUUGAACAUUUAUCAGGCAAAGCUACCCCAGUUCAUCUCUGAUCACCUCUACUGCCUAAUACAUGGCUGUAGAGUUGCUGUUGAGAAUUCCAUGGUAGCCAAAUGGAGGACUCAAAAUUUGUUGAUAGAUGAGCACUGCACCUUUGGACAAAAAUAGGCACUUCAAAUUGAAGGUAUACUAAGAACCAAGGUGAUAGAAAAGGGCCUAACAAAAUAACUUUGAUAACAAAAUCUCCAUCUGAAUAUGUUUGAGUGCAGAUAUUGGUACGGGAAUCAAGAUGGCACCACUAUAUUUCAGAUUGCAGAUGGGUCAUUUUCUGAAGUAGGUGAUGAUGUCUGUGUAAAUUAUUCAAGUGCUAUUUGUGCUGUCUAUGACAUUUUGUACAUUUCUAUUGUAAAUAAACUGAUGUAUCCGAA